CUUAGCCGAAACCCUAGCAAAGACCGUCUCUUCCUCUAUCUAAUCUAAAUCUAAAGGAAAAGAAAGAAGGGCGACGGGGUUGGCGGCGGAAAGACAAAGAGCGGCGGAGAGCGGCCUCGUGAGGUGGAGAUGGAAGGGGAGGCGAACGGCGAGAGUGGUGAAUCUGGAAACUGCAUCGGCCAUGGUGCUGACAUCCAGAGGAGGAAGCAUCAGGAGACAAAAUCGGAGAUUGAAGUAGCCAACAAGAGAGGUCAGGUUGCGGCAUUGAUUUCCGCUUCUGUUGACACAAAAUUGGAGAUGGGGGAAACUGAGGGGAUGAAGGAGAACAUGCUGUCGGAGAUCCAGCACGAGGGGACAAAAUCGGGGACUCAGUCGGCCACGGAGAUGGUCAGGGCUGAGAUCUGCUCCUUACUCAGUCGUAUCUCCAAGAAGGUCACGGAGCUGAAAGCCGAGCAGAAGCUGAGGAUUAGCGACUAUAGCAGUGACGAGGUCCAUAUCCACAUGGAUAACAUGUACAGCGAGGUGACAAAUUUGCUGCAGAUGAUGGAGAAGGUGCAGAACAGCGAGAUUCCCGGCAAAGAGCAAGUCUCGGAGAACAUCGGUGUGGAAAGGAUUCAGAUUAGGACUGAAGACAAGGGUGGAUCAGCAACCAAGAAGCAGGGGCUGACCUACUAUGAAUAUGGACUGAAUGCAAUCUUCAACGGGUUGGAUCAGCUUUGCACCCGGUUGGAUCAGAUGGGACAUCUUAGUUACAAUUCUCAAUUGUUCUCCGAGCUGUUCAAGGAGUCGGUCAACAUGACCAAAAUCAGGUUAAGAGCCAGAAUCAAAUUGGAUGAGGUGGAUGAGACGACACCAAUAAUUUCCGAUGAUACUCUGGAGGCAGCCAACGGGAAGUGCGAGGUGUCGCCGAAGAUUUCCACUUCCACAGAGAUAAAAUUGGAGAUAGAGGAAACCAAGGAGAUGGGAGUUAAAGCAAAAGAGAAGCUCAGGAAGGCCAUGAUGCACAAUAAACAGGAUGAGGAGUUCUUUGAUGAGUACCGUCGUGGCUGGGUAUCGAAUUGGUCCAGAUUAUAUGGUACCUUCACAGAGACGACUUCAUUGAGUCCUAUGCACUUUACACACAGUACACCAGGAAACACCCCAUCUGCGGCUUUUGUUGCUAGCACUCUGCAGAUUUACUCCAUCCAAGUUAAAGAAAUAGAAGAUGUUCCAGGCUUGAAGUGGCCGAUGGAAGUGUACGGCGUGAUAGCUGCAAGAGACGAUGUGGAUCACAAUCGCAACAUACUCUUUUCCCGUCGAAGGAAUAACUGCCAAAUACUCAAUCAAGAGGAUCCUUUUUUGCACUUGACUGGCCCGUCUCGUGCAAUUGUAUGUGAGGAACCUGUUCAUGUGGAAAUCAAGCUCAAAGUGAAGGCUGGAACAGAGUCUGAAGAUAUUGCGUUGAUGACUCGUGUCUGGUAUUACAGCGGUAAAGUGUCAUGUACUCUAUAUACCCCUGUUGUCGGAGGCUUAUGCACAAUGGUGUUAAGCUCAGAGGAACUUCAUGAAUCAGUCCAGGCUACUAUCGUGGGUAUCCGUCUCCGUGUUCCUGAAGAGACACCAAGUCUUUUCAAAAACGGUGGCAGAGUUGUUUGCUUCUCUCUGCCUCGGAAAGGCAGGCCUCGGAAAGGCAGGUUGCCUAACAGUACUCACCCUUUAUUUCGGCAAGUUGUGCUUCAAGAUGGAGCAAUGACUAGUUGUUCAAAGGGUUACCUUAAUCUGUCAAGGCAUGUUGUCUCUGUAAAAUUAUGUGGAACGCUUGAAGUUGUCAUACAUGCUAACUCGCAGUCUGGGGCUAUCAAAGGUGAAGUAUCCAUCAAGGCCCAGAAAUGCAAUAUAACUCAGGAUGUGUGUCACCUUGGCGACUCUGAGCUGGAAAUCACAGUUGCUUGGUCCCGUCUAGUUCAAGACAAGCUGUGGAUCUCAAUGGAGGGAAGUGAGGAAGUUUGAUUGUGCUCAGGCGUUAUGAAAGCUGUCAGACUUAGUAUUUCCAGUGUUCUGUAUUGUAGAAGUGUAUUUUGUAUUUCCAGUGUUGUGUAUUGUAUUAGUGUAUCCUAUUAUGUAAUGUGGUACUGACCAGUAUGUCACAAAAUAUCUGACUGUUUGUGUAUAGGUCUUGUUCUCGUCA